GGGGAGAGAGAGAGAGCGAGAGCGCAACAGUCCCUCCUUGAUCUGCCACCCCUUUUAACUCUGUUCCAAAUCUCCUUCAACUAAUAUUUAUGUCAUUAACAAAAUCAUGACAUUUCGCCCUUGAUUGGGGUUUCUGAAUUUGUCAUGCUUUCAAGGAUGGAAAGGGAGAGGAGAAUGAGUGAUUAUUACGGAGAUAUGGAUCUUCUUUCCCGAGGAAUGGUGGGAUCAUCGUUGUGGUCGAGAUCAGAGCCAGCUUCAUUCCCAUCGUCUGCCACCUCCAUUGGCGUAGGCCUUAACGGUGGGGUGAAUUACAUAGUACACACCGUCUCCAAAUUUGAUACCCUUGCUGGUGUUGCCAUUAAAUACGGCGUUGAGGUGGCAGAUAUAAAAAGAUUAAAUGGAUUGGUGACGGAUCUCCAAAUGUUUGCUCUUAGGACACUUCAAAUACCGCCUGGGAGGCAUCGCCCUUCGCCCAGCUUAUGCAAUGGUCACGAUUCUCCUCAACGGCCAAACAACUCUGAGCAGACUCCAUGCAACCGUAGACAUUCUGAGUUAUUUGAUUCUUUUCAGUCACUAAAACUAAAAUCAUCUUCGGAGCAUAAAGUUUGUCAAGCCAUGAGCAGCUUACAAGGUUAUUAUAGUCUUAGUCAACCAGAUCAAAAAGCUUCUUCCCAGGGUUUUGAAAUGGUUGUCUACCGUAAUGGAAUGGGCCAUUAUAUGGACGGUGGGCCAUUUUCCACAUCUUCAUCUCUUUCUAACCCACCUCUAAAUCGUCAUAGAAAAUCAAAAAGUCUAGCUAAUGGUUUAAUGUUGGCAAAUGGUGGUGUGCUUGAUCCGUUUUUAUCACAAGAAGUUGAAACUAGUGGCCCUGAUAAAUUAAUUGAGAAGCUAUUGAGACGGCGUCGAAAGUCUGAGGAUUUUACAGGUCUUCCCACAGAAAAGCUUCUGAAGGAUGACAACAGUACAAGUAGUGCCAUUUCAUCAAUCACUGGCAAAGGUUUGGCUCUUAGAGCCAAAUCAGCCACCCGAACUGCCUCAGGAGUUGAUGGUGAAUUAGGUGGACUGUACCCAAUUCCCAUGGGUUUAGGCGAUUCAUAUCUAACCGACACCGUCAAUGGAGUAAGGAAGUCACCAAGUACAUCAAGUUUGCUAGAAUCAGAUAGUGGUGCAUCAUCAUCAACAUGGGCAACAUCUAAGUGGAGUUUGAAACAAGAUUUUCAGGCUCUUUCUUCUGCAGCUAUACCUAUUGGUCGAAGAACCAAAGCAGCACUUGAUUAGUUGAAUCCUUUAUCAAUCACACAAUGUUUCCUUUUCCAAACAUUGAGAAAAAUUGAUUAGCCUAUGGUCAAUAGCAGAGAAAGAUUCGGUUGAUUAGAAAAUAAACAUUUGCGAUGAAAGAACAACCUAUCUUACAGCUUUCUUGAAGGGAGACCCAUUGUCUGCUUUGUAGAGUCGGAACUAAUGCCUAGAAGUUGAUCACUUGGGGAGCAAAAAGCUCCAUGUUUAUUCUGCUUUGCUCUGAGAUAAUCGCUGGAGCAUGUGUAUAUGAUUCGUGGAACCUUUAUAGCUAUUGUAUAUUAGAUACUAACCUCGGUUUAUUUUGAUGAUGAGGAAAACGGA